AUGUCUCAGUGAUACAGAGCAGGAUACCCUGCUUCUUCAGUCAGACGGCCUCACAUCUGUAACACUCGCUCCUGCUUUUUCCACCAUUUCUGAGGCUGAUGAUGAAUGACACAGGUGUUGACCGGAAGUCAGUCUCUGUUUUGGAUAUUGUCUCUAAACUUGAAGAUGGCAAGGGAAGAGGAAAACCUAUGCACAAAUAUGGGAUGCGACAUCAACCUGAGAAGGAAGCCCCUGCUGUGCAAAAUGCUCCUUGUUGUAUGUUCACUUGCCCACACACUACCAGAUCUCAAGCAACUGUUCUGCAGUGGAAACAACCCAAAGUCCACAGAGAGCACUUUGAAAAGAAAUCUGAAACUAAACAAGUGUUGCAGGGGUUUGGAAGUCCAAGAGUUGAGAUUCCAGGCCCUAUUUGUAGGAAUAAUCUGAAGAUGAAAGAUAGCCCUCAACUUUUUAAGCAUUCCGCGAAGCACCCAGAGACACCUUCAGUCAACAGUGAAGACCACUGGAGGGGUUUACAGUCAUUUCGGAAACGACUCUCCACCAUGAAACUUGUCAGGAGGGAUACAACACUGUCCACCAUUGAGGAAAGCACUAAGACAGCCACAAAGGAAACAAAUGAAGAAAAACUGUUCAAAAUUUCCCAGGAACUUCUAGACACAGAGAAGGCCUACGUCAGUCGCCUGCACUUGCUCAAUCAGGUGUUUUAUGCUGAGCUACUAGCAGAGGCCCGCUCAGGCGGCUCCUUUCCAGAAGAUGUUGUCAAGCAGAUCUUCUCCAAUAUCUCCACCAUCUACCAGUUUCAUAGCCAGUUCUUCCUUCCAGACUUACAGAAACGAAUGGAUGAAUGGGCAACAAACCCACGCAUAGGAGACAUCCUGCAGAAGCUGGCCCCUUUCCUUAAAAUGUAUGGAUUAUAUGUCAGAGGGUUUGACAAAGCCAUGGACCUGAUAAAUAUUUGGAUGGAGAAGUCUUCCCAGUUUGAGGAAGUCAUCUUGGGCAUACAGAAGCGGGGCAUUUGCGGAAAUCUGUCUUUGCAGCACCACAUGCUGGAACCUGUGCAGAGGAUUCCGCGAUAUGAGAUGCUGCUCAAGGAUUAUCUCAGUAAACUGCCUGCUGGCUCUGUCGAUCGACCAGAUGCAGAAAGGUCUCUGACUAUCAUUUCUGAGGCGGCAAAACAUUGUAAUGCUGCCAUUGAUGACAUGGAGCAGCUGGAGAAGUUAUGGGAGGUCUAUGAGAUGCUGGGUAUGGAUGAGGAGAUGGUGGAUCCCUCCAACAAACUUCUUAAAGAAGGAGCCGUCAUGAAAAUCUCCUUUCGUAGCAGCAGCUCCUGCAAAGAGAGACACCUCUUCUUGUUUAACAACAUGCUGCUGUACUGUGUGCCAAAAUUCAGUCUGGCGGGACCCAGAUUUAUCGUCCGUACUCGGCUGGACAUGGAUGGAAUGCAGGUCAAAGAGCUGAAGGAUGCACAGUUUCCCCAUUCAUUCCUUGUCUCUGGAAAACUGCGAACUCUGGAACUGCAAGCCAGGUCACAGGAUGAGAUGGAGGCCUGGAUUAAGGCUUGCCAACAGGCAAUUGACCAGAAUGAGAAGAAAACUGAAAGUUUCAAAGCAGCCGUCAGCAGCAUGAGCGAAGACCAGCAGAGAGUCCCGGUCAAAGGCCAAGAGCUAGGAAAGCGUGCCCCCCAGUGGGUCAGAGACAACCUGGUGUCCAUGUGCAUGCGCUGCAGAGAACCUUUCAACGCCAUCAUCAGGAGACGCCACCAUUGCCGGGCCUGUGGAUAUGUGGUGUGCUGGAAAUGCUCGGACUACAAAACCAGCCUUGAAUAUGAUGAAAUGCGGCUCAACAGAGUGUGCCUGGAGUGCUACACCCUCCUGGAAGGCCAAACUAAAAAGAAGGAGAAAGAAGAAAGAAGGAGGAGAGGGAUCCUGGAGAAAGAAGCAGCCGAGAUCUCUGGACAGAGCUUAAUGUGCAGCUUCCUGCAGAUGGUGGACAAGAAUGGGAAGAUCGGAGCCAAGAGCUGGUUUGCCAUUUCCAAAGAUGAGCCCAUGAUUCUCUACAUGUACACUGCUCCACAGGAUGUGAGAGCCCAGAGCACCAUCCCUUUGCUUGGAUAUGAAGUGAAGGAGCUUUUACCUGGGGAAAACUCCUGCAGUUUCCAGUUAGUGCAGUCAACACAGGUCCUCACCUUUGUGGCUGAAAGUGAAGAGCACAGAGAACUGUGGGUGAAGACAAUCCACCAGGUGGCGCAUGGCCAAGGACUCUGGCCUCUGGAUGACUAAACUAGACGCAGCUCAGGCAAAAUAAUCUCUGCUUCUUGCCUUGUCUGUUAACACCAGGGAUCACAUUUAGAAGACCAGAAUUUGAGGAAAAUCCUUAAAGUGAAUUAGCCAAAUAGUCCGAUGUUAAUUUGCCUGAGCACUUAUCGCUACUUCUAUAUACCUUGGAGCACUUGGGUCAGUGUCCAAACUGGGGCUGAACUGCAAAGGUUUGAUUAGCAUUCUGUGAGUGUGGCAUUGACGCAUGAGCCCUGAACGGAGUGCACCAUUUAGGAGGUGUUCCUGCCUUGUGGUGCAUCUCUGCCUCUGGGUACAAGCAGUAUGGGGGGGUAUGGAUGAUAGAUGGAUGGAGGAAAUCAUGGGAAGGGUACAUUAUGUGUAAAAACAAAUUUUUAAACUAGAAAACAGCACAUUAAAACAACUGCAGCAUUGUUGGGACGUCAAAUGCAAAGGCUCCUCUAAUAAGAUGUCAUAAGUCUUGGUUGAACUGACAAUCUGAAAGUGUUAGAACCGCUAGUAUGGAAUCCAUUUUAGGAAAUCCUCCUGCCUCCGUCAAAACUCCUCAGGCAAAAACAUUUGUGCCAUAGAUCAGUUUGUGUUUUUGUCAAACAGGUAAUUAACUGAAUAAUGGGAAUGCUGGGUAUAAAUACGAGGGACGUUCAAAAAGUUUCUGCACUUUUUUUUUAACUCUAUUUAUUGAGAAUUUCAAAAACAAAUGACAUCGCUUUUCUACAUACAGUAGUCACCUUUGCUUGUGAUGCAAUUUUCCCAGCGUCGUACCAACUUUUUAACGCCCAAUUACAACUCCUCCCGCCUUCACCGUUACCAACGAAAAUAUAAAAAUGCAGAAAAUUUAUGAACAUCUCAUGUAUAAUUUCACCCCGUGGCAGAUUCUGAAAAAACUGGUAGUUUCAGACAGUUUUGAAUGUUAGCUUCGAUUAGUAAUCUUGUACCGUUACAAACUUUCGGAGGCUUUGGAUCAUAAGCCCUAGUGAAUGUUGUGCUGUGGGAUGCAGCACUAUAGUAUUAUUAUUAUUGUUAUUAUAUUACUAUGAUUUUCAUUUGCUUGUGUGUUUUUCAUAAGAUAUAUGUUCAAGCUCCUAUUCAUUUUUUUGUAAUUUGUUUUUUAAUUUUACUAAUCUGGCUUUACCCCAAAAGACAUAGCCAGACAAUAAAGUUUUUAGA